UCGUACACAUGCACUUGCAGAGCCGGAUACUCUGGAAUAAAUUGCGAAUCAGGUAUUAACGAAUGUGCAUCGAGUCCUUGCCUUCAUCCUAAUUCCUCUUGCAUCGAUGGAGUAAAUAGGUUUACAUGUAAUUGCCCCUCAGAGCGAACUGGCACAUUAUGUGAUAUUGAUAUCAAUCCGUGCCGUAGUUCUCCUUGUCUCAACUCCGCUAGUUGUAAUAACCGACCUGAUGGAUCGUAUGUGUGUAGUUGUACAAUAGGAUAUUCUGGAAUACAUUGUGAAUCAGAAAUCAAUGAGUGUUCAUCAAAUCCUUGCCGAAAUGCAAAUGCUACAUGCAUAGAUAAAUUAAAUUCCUAUGAAUGCUCUUGUCCAUCAGAUCGUACGGGUCUGGCCUGUGAAAUAAAGAAUUAUUACAUAUUCUCUAUUUUAUUAUCGGUACUUUCCAAUUUAGAUCCGUUGACUUGUAAGUCUCUCUGCUCUAACAAUGGCACUUGUCAAAAUAUACGCAAUAGUCAUCGCUGUCUAUGCCAACCAGGAUAUACUGGUUCAUCCUGCGAUGAAGAAAUUAGCAAAUGCGCCUUACUCAAACCAUGCAAAAACUACGGCCGGUGUACGGAUCUGUUUAACGAUUACCGAUGUAGUUGCAAUCAAUAUUAUACAGGAAAAGACUGUGAGGAAGAUAUCAACGAAUGUCGCCUUAAUCCAUGCCAAAAUAAUGGCCGAUGCAUUAAUAUUGAACGAGGAUAUCGAUGUACUUGUCCGCCUAAAUUUGAAGGGCCAACAUGCGAAAAA